AUGCCAGAGCAUGAUGGAUUGAUGAGAGUGUUCUGGCCGACGGACAUUGCCAAGACUGAUUUGCCCGGCGUCAUUGUCGGCUGGAGGAAUUCGGGUCUGGAUGUGGUUGUCGUAGCAGUGUUGGAUCAUGUCGAUCCUCGAAACGUCGAAAACGCUUUGAAAACCGGUAUCCUCUUGCGGAGCGCGCCGCACGAUCCUACCCGAAUUAGCAAACUGUGUGGCCAUGAUUCCAUGCACGUCCUGGGUGUUACGAAUGCGCAUGCCGCUGCAGAAGGCGCAUUUGUGCUCGAGCCAUCAUGGGUGCUUGCAAAGACCGGACACUCCCUGCGCGUACCCAAAGUGACAUGCCAUGUGGCUUCAAGCGUUCAGGUCAUCUUAUUUGAAAGACCAUUGCCAAACCGGAUGCAAUACAUCUCUCUCAAUCCCAUGGCGCUAGCUCUUGCAGACAAGGAGGAUCACUUGCUGCUAUCGCUUUCCGACGCGUCAGAAGCCGAGGACGAGAAGCAUGAGCGCCAAUACAAGGAAAAGAGGCGGAAAUUGGUUGAGAAGCUCGCGCAGCACUCUGUCAUCAAACACGCGCCAUCAAUGAAGGACAAGGCAUUACCGAGGAUCGUCAACCAGAUCAACUGGGCAUUCGAGCUGGAGCAGCUGCUGCAGAAAAACGUGCCAUUGAUCGGCACACGACCAAAGAGGGCCCUCAGCGUUUCGGAGCGGGUAGUUGAGCAUGCCACAACCAUGCGCGACUAUGUAAUACUGUGGAUGUGGGACAUGAUUAUACUCUAUCUGUUCCCCGUUAUCCGGCGCCUGUUCAUACUUAUGCUUGUUGGCCAUCGAGCUGCCGCAGAGAUCUUGCUACAGGUUCUAGAAUGGCGGCUGAGGCCGAGCUCGCCAGCACUCAAGGAUAUUUCAGCAACGGCCCAGCAGAUCGAAAUCCGCCUACAACAGUUCUGCUAUUGGCCCAUGCAAUAUGUCAAGCUUCGCCUGCGAAAAAACGAUUGGGAGAGUGUCACGACCAGCCACCCCGACUACAUACGAUUCUAUAACAGCUUGUGGCUUGUGGCUAAUGAUGUGAUUAUCGGUAUUGCUAUCGGAUCCUACAUCAUCGACAAUGCCGGUUGGGUUGCAGAUCAAAUUGGCAUACUGCUCGGGCAAUAUACCGUGGAGGCACUGCACAGCAGCAUUGAGUGGCUCAUGGGAUGGCCGGCCGGACUAAAGCUCAACAAGGAGCUUGCACUCUUCCUGGGUGACUUGUUUCUUUGGGUCAUUGAGUACUGGUCAAGCUGCAUCGCCACGCUCCAACCCUUGCUGCCACAUAUUAUCUGGUUCAUUGGCUUUUCCAGCUUUGCCGGUGCUAGCAUGCCUAUCGCCAUGUUCUCUGACCUGGUAUCGAUCCUGACGGUCCACAUAUACUCCUUCUACCUCGCUUCCGCCCGUAUAUAUCAUUGGCAACUCACCAUUCUUCUCUCUCUUUUCCAGCUCUUUCGGGGGAAAAAGUACAAUGUGCUUCGUAAUCGUGUCGACUCAUGCGACUACGACCUAGACCAACUACUCGUUGGCACGAUUCUCUUCACGUUACUCUUCUUCUUACUCCCUACUGUUGUCGUGUUCUACUUGAAUUUCGCCGUAGCGCGGAUGGCCAUCAUCUCUCUGAAGGCUGUCUUUGAUACGAUGCUUUCUUGUUUGAACCAUUUCCCACUGUUUGCCUUGAUGCUCCGGAUCAAAGAUCCUCGGCGUCUCCCAGGCGGCAUCCGUUUUGAACUUCGUGAUACCCAAGAUAGACUUAAACUCGAAUCUAAUACUCCCACAUCGCCGUUACAACCACCUACCUCUGUCAUUUACGUCAAGCCGAUUCCGCUUUCCUUUACAGCAAUGUUUCAUCAGUACUUCCAGAUGGGCAGUCGCAUACGCAAGCACUAUCUGUCACCACGUGUGCUGUUCUGCCUGAUUACAGGACGCUUCGUUCCGCCAAUCCAUCGCAAGGUCCUAUACUCGUUGCAAUAUAGCAUGUUACCUGCUCGACGGGCAGGCAUCAUAGAGAUGUGGGAUGCGUUGAACUCUCUACCGACUAAGAAACGUCCCGUCAACAUAUAUCCCUAUGGAACUAGUUUCUUGAAUGUUCCCAACUUGGCGAAUGGACGCCGCACUAAUGGAAGGAGAGGAGGCUGGCAAUGA